AUGGCGGACGGCGCGCUGCUGCACUCGUGCGCCGUGUACCUGUACCUGUACGACGACGCCAGCGGCUCGUACGCGCAGCAGACGGACGCGGCCGUGGGCUGCGCGCUGCUGGGCAGUGCGAGCGACGCGUUCUCGCUGCUGCUGUACGACACCAAGAAGACGCCGCUGCUGCAGCUGCCCGUGGCGCCCGGGGGCGCGCGCUUCGUGCCGCAGAAGGACAACUACGUCAACUUCUACGAGCGCCAGUCGCAGCGCAACUACGCCAUGCGCUUCAAGGACGCGGCCACGAGCGAGAGCUUCCUGCGCGCCGUGGCGCUGGCCCGCGCACAGGUCCUGGUGCAGGCUAGCAAGUCCUACGAGCGCGCGCGGCCCGUGGUGCUCGUGGACCAGCUGGCUGUCGGCAAGGAGGACGCCGCGCCCCUCACGUUCGGUGACGUGGCGGGCGUGACGCUCCGCAAGUGGCAGGGCUCCGUGGACAGCAGAAGCAGCUUCUUCUCGGCCAAUCCGCUGGAGAUCACGCAGCAGCCAGCGGCCGAGCAGACGCAGGACGGAGAGGUGAGAAGGAUCAAGCUUGUGGACGGAGACGCCGCGGCCGACGCGGGCCCGUUCGUGGCCGUCUUGGCCUCGGAGGCGCUCGUGAGCAUGCAGAAGGCGGCCAAGAGGCUCGUGGCGGCCGCGUUCCCGCAGACGCAGGAGUGGGUCAUCGCGGAGGUGGAGCUGGUCAAGGUCAAGAAGAACACG